AUGAUCGGAGGUGGAUGUACCGAGGAACGUCUUGCAGCAACAGCUCCAUACCAAGUUUGCAAGUACUCUCCAUUAUGGCGAAGACGUGGUGAGUUGUUGGUUUGGAGAAAUUCUCAACGUCAAAGGCUGAGAUCACAGGACGAGUUCCAUUCCGAUUUCAGUUCCAAGGAUCUCGUUACGCCUUUCCUUAUAAAAAUGUUAGGGCGAAUGCAGGUGCUAAGUACAAACCUGAAAUGCGAAAAGCACGAUGUCCAAGGCAUCCACAAAGAGGAAGACGAAGGACUCGCAGCGUUGCUCCGCUCGGAGUCGCGGUCGUCUAUCGGCUAUCGGACCAGCUCAGACUACACCUCAUCACUCAACUACUCCGACUUCUCGGCCAAUAAACCAAGUACACACUCAGAAGCAGAGUGCAUAUGCAUGGUGGAAGUGCGAUUCGUGCUUUAUCAUCGUAACAUGAACGGAAGGACGAGUUUCCAUGCUGCGUUACAGUUCGAGAAGUUAUCGAUCACUUCCGGAUCGAAACCGACGGCGUUCAUCGAGGUGUGUCUUUGCUCCAGUCUUUGGAUCGCACUUGUCUGCGAACGCAACAGUACCUAUCCAUUGAAGGACACCGAUUUAGACAAAACCUUGGCCGAGCUGUGUGGCAGCGAUGUUGAUGCCAACACAAUCACUAUCAUAGCAGAU